AUGGGCACCCUGAGCGAUAUUUUAAAGAGGAAAUAUUCUUCGAAGUCGGUGGUCAGAUAUCGGACAGACGUUUCAGAUCACGAGCACAAUCCAAACGGUAUUCUGUCCAACCUUGCCCUCCUCUUGGCAAUGCGUCUUUUCCCUGAGGAAGAGGUAUACAGCAGAGAUCGAGAACACCAUCCGUUUCGCAAAGCUAUCUUCAUGGCUAUUCGUCUGAUGCUUAAACAUGAUUUGGUUCAACUUACACACGACCGAAGCUUCCGUCAUGACAUAGCGAUUGCGAGGCAACUUUUGCGCUGUGGUCUGAUCGAGGACGAGAUAAACUCAGUUCCGACCAGACUCACCUUGGCUAAUCACGACUUUCGUCAAGAUAGGCUACCUACGUUAUUUGGUGAUAAAUUUUGGUACCAAAUGGUUCGGUGUGAGCCUCAGUCUUCCUUCAGAUCUCUUCCUCUCCAGCUAGAAAUCCUUGACGUAGGCCCAUAUCUUUCAUGA